AUGAGCGAGAAGAAAAUCAAGAACGACAAGAAAAUCAACAACGACGAAUCGUCACAAUCCUCACAAACUUCGCGGAAGAGUCAAGGGUCCGGAGACCGAUCGCGCUCUGGACCUUCCAAGGCUCUCCGUGAGCUCGCUGCAAAAUGUGGGGAGCUGUCUCCUCAGGAGCUAGAAGACAAGGAGGACAACUUGAUUGUUGGGAUUCAUCCAAUGUCCCCAAGUUACUCCCAAGCUCCCCCUUAUGCUUCCAACGUUUCCCCGAUCGUUUCCCACGCUUCCCCCAUCGCUUCCAGUGUUUCCCCUCCUUCGUCAAAUGAGAGUGAACUGGCCGACGAUCGCGAUGACGAGGAAGUGCUCCCACCGGAUCAAAUCGACCUUCCAGAAGAAGAUCAAGCCUAUGCCGAACAGUACAGUACACUGCUCAAGGAGAUGACCAUAAAAGCAGUGGAGGAAGAAGACUACGUGCUGGCCGUACAACGAAUGCAAGAAUUCAUGAGAUUGGCACGAUCCAGUCCGGAGCACACUCGAGAUCAUCCGGAUUUUAAGCGGUGCGUGGAGCUGUUUUUGGUCUUUUCCGUGGCACUGAAAGAGUGUGAUUAUCGCAAGUGCCUGCAACAGAUGAAUGCCUUGAUUGCAAUGUCCGAAGGUGGAAACGUGGAAGCUCAAAAGUGCACGGAAUGCGGGGUGAAUGCUGCAAUCAAACACAUUAUCGAGCUCCGCGAGCGAGUGAUUGAAGUGACAGCUCAGCUCCAUUGUAUUGCGGACCCGGAUGAGUUCGAUCAAGUAGCGGAAGAACUUCGAACUCUUCGAGGAAAGGUGGAGAACUCCAAUGUGCUAAUGGAAACUUGCAUGCGAGGAAGCAACGACAAGGGGAAGUCAGAGACUGUGCUUGCUUGCAUUUCAUACGGAUUCAAAGUUGGUCGGCUAACCAGGUAG